UAAUCUCGUCUUCCAGUCGAUUUCAGUCGUUUUCCAGAAGGGAAAAGGGAGACCUAUUUUGAUUUCGUACCAAGGAAACAUCAGCGUUUGUUUUGUUUUUCAUAUAUAUUUCCCGUCAGCGCAUUCGAUCUACAUUAAACAAAGUGAGACAUUUGCCAUCAGAGAAAUCUUUAGCGAAAGUUCCGUAACGCGACUCCUAGAUAGCCGGCUGUGAUAAGAUAAUAGAAAAGAUAACAACUCCACUUCCUAACAGACAGAGAGGAGUGAUCUAACACCAAAGUUUGAAAUAGGAAAUAUCAUGUGCCACAGCAUUCGAAGUACAACGUAAGGACGGCUACAGCGUAAUAAGAAAACGGAGACGAAAGGUUUAGUAAGUCCCAGCAAUGAAGUUCACGCUAAUUGUGGUCUGCUUCGUCGCCUUGUCAUUCUGCUUAGCCGCUGACGUCCCUGGCUGUAAACACGAAACAUGUACAGAAUGUAUACGUCAUCCCACUUGCAUCUGGUGCUCAAAGAACAACACCGAGACUAAUUCGCCAAGUUGCAUUAGCGGUAAUCACCCUGAAAUCGACACAUGGCUGAACUGGUGUGAUACUGAAAUAGUCGAACCGGAAAUUACUUUCAGUGUAAUCGAGGAGGAGCCUUUGUCUCCCGAUGGCGACGUCGAGAACAUUGUGCAGAUGAAACCGCAGGAGGUUAACCUUACACUCAGAAUUCAGACCCCCAAGAACAUAACAUUGACCUAUAGCCACUCAAACAAUUAUCCAGCUGACGUCUACUACAUGAUGGAUGGAUCAAAGUCCAUGGAAGACGAUAAGGAUAUGUUGUAUACCCUUGGAGAAAGUCUGGCGGAAGGAAUGAAGGAGAUCACCACUAACUUGCAACUCGGUUUUGGCAUCUUCAUUGACAAGCCAGUGUUGCCUUACAUUUCCACUAUUCCAGUGACCGAAGACAAAACACCAGCGUACAGUUUCAAGAACGCUCUUCCACUCACUAGCAAUGCCUCAGCAUUCACGGAGGAGGUCAAGCGAGCCAAGGGUGCCACCAACCAGGACUUCCCAGAGGGCGGGUUCGAUGGCCUCAUGCAAGCUAUAGUGUGCGAGGAGAACAUCAAGUGGCGUGGCACCAGUUUUCGGGUGAUCAUAUUCUCUACUGAUGCUGGUUUCCAUCUCGCAGGGGACGGGAAGCCGUGAUCCUGGGCGUGAUCGGGGGCGUGUUGCUGGUCGGGAUUCUGGCCCUGAUCGUGUGGAGGAUCUGGGCGUCCAUCCAGGACCGCCGCGAGUACUCCAAGUUCAUUCUGAGUCGGAAUGACGAGAAGUGGACCAAU